UAGUAAACAUGUAAACAUAGCCUAUAUCUGCAUCAAAACUCUUAAUUCAAUCAAAUGGAAGGGUUCACUAUUGGCCCCAAAACUCUCUGAUUGGACAUGACUUCACUUUUUUGUCCCACUAGGCCUAUGCAUUGACAUGAAAUGAUGUGUGUGAUCAAAUCUUGUACUUGUAUUAUGUAAUUUUUCAAUCCACCAUUGAUUCCAUAUGACUUCUCUACUGCUGGCAUUAUCCUAACACAGUCUAAGUCACCAGCCCACAAACCCUCUCACUGUAGAACCAAGAGCAACUCUGCAAGGCUAAAGUGCCAACAUGAAAACUUGGAGACUCGUUACAAUCACAAGAGCCUCCAAAUAAAGACACUUGAAUUGGAAAACUGACCUCUUGAAGGGCACACCAGUCACACUGCUGCUCCACGUUUUGCUUUCUAAUCGUUGGCUGCAUGUUUAGCCAGGUAAUUACCUGCUAAGCCUCUGUGACGGAAGGAGGUCAAGAGAGGAAGGAAAAACAGAACGGACAGGAUAAUGUGCAGCCAUUCACAACAGAAGUGGAGCACCGCUCAAGGAGGAAGAGAAGGGCUGUGCUGCUCGGCUUCUUGUUUUCUUUUCUCACCAUUUAGGAAAGGGCAUUAAGCAUGUCCAAGGCGGGAGAGAGGACGCCCUCUACAACUUCAGUCAACUCAGCCACAUCAGACGGCAAAGAUAGUGCCCCCACGGACACACCACCAGGUUCAGUCUCUGAAACGCCCAAGAAAUCAUCAAAGAAGGUCAAGAAAAACACAGAGAGUAUGAACAAAGUAUACAACUCUGUGCUCAACAGUGUAUUUGGGGCGGACAGAGAAUUAGCUCAGGCUGAGUUGGACGAGCUGCAAGAGGCCUUCAAAGAGUUUGAUUACGAUCAAGAUGGAUACCUGAAUUACAAGGAUGUGGCUGAAUGCAUGAGGACCAUGGGAUACAUGCCCACAGAAAUGGAGCUGCUGGAGAUAGUCCAACAAAUCAAGAUGAGAAUGGGCGGGUUAAUGGAUUUUGAAGACUUUACUGAACUGAUGGGACCCAGGAUGAUGGGAGAGACUGCUGACAUGCUGGGACUCAAGGAGCUCCAAUCGGCCUUCGUACAGUUUGACCUCGACGGAGAUGGAAAGAUCAACCAGGAUGAGAUGAAGGAGGCGGUCAAGACGAUGCUGGGAGAGAAGCUGAAGAAAGGAGAACUGGAGGAGAUCUUAAAGGAGCUGGACAUUAACGCAGAUGGAAACAUUGACUUUGAAGGUGAAAAUAAGCAAAUUUAUGCGGUUGACUUAUUAACCUGUGUGUGUGUGUGUUUCAGAUAAAGUCACCACUGACUCGUUUUGUCUUCUUUCUCCUCCUCUUCAGAGUUUGUGAUGAUGCUCUCCAUCCGUUAGCGGCUGAAGAGCCUGACGAGGACAGGAGGCACUAAUGCUUCAGAAUCAGUCCACAAAGUUAAUCCUACGAACAAAUAGUAAUUUGGUAAUGUUUGUAAUGUAGGUAUAGACUUGUAUGUCAUGUGUGCCUGACUCUAAUUGUAUGAACAGUCUAUGACUCCUUAUUGUAGUUUGUUGUCUUGUUAGACAGAUGAAUCUUUUGCAGCGAUAUAACAUGUAAAUAAGACUGAAAACUUUUGCUAUUUUAAUAAAGAAAUGAAAAUCA